GUUGUUUAUGCAGGAAUAUCGGAGCUGGUAAGACAGGGCUCGGACAGCAAGGUCGUACUUGCCAUUCGCAAUGCCACACAGCUGGUGGACUUCUUCGACUAUAAUGUGGUAGUUCAGGGAGCCCAUGUACCUUCCUUCGCGACGAGCGAAUUCAUAUCCUAUUUACGACGAUAUGCGACCAAGAAUGGAGAGAAGAUAAUAGCCAUGGCCUUACCACAAACUCUUGCCCACAGAUGGCCAUCACUAUGCUCGUUUCUCUGGAAGGACCUUGAUGUCGUCCCUUUGGUGCUGGAAUGUAAGGACCAUUUUAGGCAGCAAGAUGAGCCCGGCGAGCUCGCUACGUUUUUGGGUUGGGAGAGAAAGGAGCUCGAUGAACAGGCGGAUUCAAUGGCGCGGAAAUGUUUACGGUCAUUCGGUAUUGGGCAUGUCCUUCACAAUCAUAUUUGUGCUGACGGGAUGGUGGAGGUUGACAAGCGCUUUUGUGUACACGUUGGGGACAAAGGAGAUUAUCAGGAGACCGUGCAUCCUGAUACAUGGAAUGUUGUCCAGAAAUUUGCAAAUGAUCUGAUAGAGAGGAAGAUCAAGAUAGCAUUUUUCAGUAUGACAUGUGAGGGAAAGCCUGAUGUGCAUACCAGACACGCUUUGGUCCGAUUCUCCCACAAACUUGGAGUAGAUACCAAAUGGUAUGUCCCGAAGCCACGGCCCAGUAUUCUUCGAAUUGUGAGGAAGAUGGAGUAUAUCAUGGAAGGCUUAACUGGACCGGAAGAAUACCUUGGAACGGACGACGAGCUACGGCUCCUGGAGUUCGCCUAUGAAAAUGCUAGACGGUACUGGUUAGCAGAAAACGGGCCCCUACGGCCUCGCUCAGAAGGUGGCGCAGACGUGGUUAUAAUUGAUAGCGCCCCCCUCUUGACAUUGGCACUGCUAUCAAAGCAAUGUGACCCGCAAAGACCAGUUAUUUUUGAAAAUAGAUCGCACGUCCAGCAACAGCGAUUGCUGGAGGAUUCGACAAGCCCUCAGACUAGAGUGUGGGAAUUUGUGAAAACAAGGCUAAAGCACGUCGACAUUCUAGUCUCCCAACUGCCUCGUGAACUCACACCAUCCAUCAUGCCGGAUAGGUGUGUCGGGUAUAUACCAGUUACAGUGGACCAAUUUGACGGGCUGAAUAAAAAUAUUGCGGCCGAGGACAUCACCUUCUACGGACGGGAGUUCCACUCUUUAUGCAGGGUGUUGGGAUCCUCUACCAUAUCGUAUCCAGACGAGCAAUAUAUUCUCCAUCUCUCACGGUUACGGCCAGGAGACGGAACUAUUCAUCUGCUCGACGCCUACGCCACAUUCUGCAAGAAAUAUAUGGAAGUGCACCAGGAUGCACCCCCACCUAAGCUGCUAAUUUGUCACCAUGGCCCAUCUAACAGCCCAGAAAACUCGCUCACAUAUGACCACUUGCUGGCACAUAUCAACACCAAAAUGGAGGACCUUGCACAUCGAGUUUGUAUUGUGCAGGUUGGCCCCCAAGACCAGAUGUGGAAUACUCUCCUUACGCAGGCUCGUGUUCUCGUUCAACUCUCCAUCGUCCAUGGAAUACCAGAGGUCCUUCUAUGGGCUCUGCAAAAGAGGAAGCCUGUAAUCGCUAGCAGAGAAGCAAGGCUAUUUUCGUUCUUAGACAAGAUGCAAAACGCUUUACUAGUUGAUAGUGGGGACAUCGACACUGUCUCACAACAUUUAUUCCAUCUUUUCACCGAUAAAGAACUCUACGCACGAGUCAUUGCAGAUGCCCCACAAAGACUGCCAGAUAACCUGACUACGGUUGGCAAUGCAUCUGCUUGGAUGUUCCUAGCCUCGAAGGUGUCCCGUCCGGGUACCUUUGAGCCAAAUGGGGAAGAUAUAGAUAAGUUAGCACGCCAGGAGGCAGGGCCGUAUACUUGA